GACAGUUAAGAGGGGGAAGAGGAUGAGCUAGAGGCUUGGAGGAAAAAAAGGUGUACUGUUCAAGAAAUACUUCUCCUCGGAAGAGAGAAAUUAGGCUUAAGUAGAGUAGAUCUCAAACUGAUGGAAGCUUGUUAAAAAGAGAGAGAGAGAGUAAUUUGGCUAGUGAAUGAGAAGGGUUAUGUGGUGGAUUGUGCUGUGGUGAUCAUAUUCCAAAAAGGGGUUGCGUGAGGAUGUGGCAAGCUCUGCCCACACUGCAGCUGUGACCAAUGGUGGGCCCAGAGGGGACGACACAUGCAAGAGUGGGAGGGAGGAGCGCACAGCAGGAGGCGGUUGAGACAGCGGGAGGACGACAGCCGGAGGAGGACGGGUGGUGGGAGAAGCCCCGCCGCCACGAGGAGGAAGAUGGCGAAGUGAAGGCAGGCUUCAUGGAUCCAGAACGGCUUGUCCAGUGCCCCUACGAUAAAAAUCACCAAAUCAGAGCUUCCCGGUUCCCUUAUCAUUUGGUGAAGUGCAGGCAGAACAACCAGAAGAUAGCAAGAGCAUUAGCAACAUGUCCAUACAAUGCUCGUCAUAGAGUUCCCAAACAAGAACUCAGCUUACACAUUGCCACUUGUGAGAAUAAAGUUUCUCCAGAGGUGAAUGUGGCAGGAUCAACUCAAAAGAAUGACAUCAAGGAAUCUAUGGCCUGGCAAUGUCCCCCUCCAGAGGAAGACUGGGAGGCAGGUGUUAUAAUCUUUAACUAUUCUCUUUCCAAGAUGCUGAUGCGUCUCCUGCUCCUCCUUUUAUAUUUGGUGCCAGUAGCUGCUCGAAUGCAAGGAACGAGAAUCCAGAUCUUCCUUUCCUCUGAAGGGUCAUCUGACAACUUUCCAGAAUCAACUAUCAAGACACAACCUUUUAAAGCAAAAUAUUUUAUAAUUUAGUAUGCUACCUCUGUAUCAGGACUCAUUUUAUGGGCUUUUAAAAUAAAAAUAAAAAUAAACUAGCUGAA